ACGUAGUCUUGGAAUAAAUAUUGAAACUGAUACAGCCAAGUUCUCAAAAAUGUCUCAAAUAUAUCAAGACCAAAAUUAUGCUACGAGGUGUAGCGAAAAAACACUACAGUCAGACGACGAGGGGUUUUUCUUGAGUUUAGCUGAUAACCUAGCCGAACUUGCUGGUAACACUUGGAUUGAGAAAUGUUUUGGUAAGCUGAAAAACGACAGGGAAAAACUGAGGAGCCUAUACACGCAUGAACCGACGAAAAAUGCCCUAACUGAAGUCCUGUCGAAUGUUCAACAAAUUUACCGUAAGAAAUCUUCAGAGAUAGCCACUGCUCGGAUUAAAGAAGCCGAGGAAUUACUUGAAAAGAAUGAUUUGGUGAAGUCAUUAGCCUUUUACAGUCAAGCCGUUUUACGGUCACAAUUAACAGGUGAGUUUUACAUCGAUAAAGACUCUUUCAGCUAUACAAAUACAAUUCAUUUUCUUAAUUUACCUUUCCCAGGUGAAAAUAAGAAAAUCGAUGAGGGCAACACCUUGUCUUUGGCGCUUUUCGGAAGAUCUGGAGUACUGAUGGACAUGAACAAAUACGAUUUCGCUCUGGCAGACAUUCAGAUGGCCCUCAAAGAGAACCUUGCAGAACACCUGAAGGGGGACGCGUACUUUAAACUCGCGAUCUGCUAUAAGGCUUUGAGCGAAAUGCAAAAAGCAACCGUUGCACUCAGAUUGGCUCAGCAACUGCUGAACGAAAGCAAUGAGGUUAUCUUGAAGAGAUUCCACAACCAGAGUAUGGCAGUGGAAAAGUUUCAACACAAAAUCACGAGAAAAACAGAUGAACCAAAACUUUCUGGAGCCCCCAGCAAAGUUUUUCCUAGUGCGGUGGAAACAUUAGAUCUCAAAGAGACGCCAAUCAUGGGCAGACAUAUUGUAUGCAAGGGAAAAAUCAAAUCGGGGGAAACACUUGUUGUAGAACCUCCGUACGUUGCUUGUUUAGUACCAGAAGCUUAUGGUACUUUUUGUCAGCACUGCUUCAAGAGACUGGUGGCUCCUAUAGGAUGUCCAGUUUGUUCAAACGUGGCUUUCUGCAGUCUUACAUGCAGAAACGAGGCUCUGGAAACUUACCAUAAGUACGAAUGUAAGAUACUAGAGCUCCUGUUGGGAUCUGGUGUCAGCGUUCUCUGUCACUUGGCUCUGAGAAUGAUAACGCAGAAGAAGCUUGAGGAAAACAUGAGGUUGUACCAAAACAGACGAGAAGAACACGUCUUCAGCUUAUGUACGAACAAACAGAAGAGGACAGCUAAAGACUUCUUCAGAAGGACAGUUAUGGCUGCAUUUCUUCUGAGAUGUUUGCAGAAGGUCGGCUAUUUUAACGACGAAAAUGGUUCUGUCGUACCGAACGAGACCGAGACAACGGUGGGGGAAAUGCUGCUUUUCAAUCUGCAAAUGCUGCAGUUUAACGCCCACGAAAUAUACGAGAAAAUCCACCCCAGCACGCACCGUUUCAAAGGGGCGAAAAUAAACUAUAUCGGAGUAGGACUUUACCCCACUGUAGCUCUGUUCAACCAUCAAUGCUACCCUUCUGUGACCAGAUACUUCGUUGGGAAGAACAUAGUCGUUAACGCGAUAAGACCUCUGAACGAUGGAGAGCUGGUGGCUGAAAACUAUGGACCAGUUUUCACGAAGAAGCAUCUAGCAGCUAGGAAAAAUUUUCUCAUCUCCAGGUACUGGUUCGAUUGUCAAUGUCCCGCAUGCGUCCAGAAUUGGCCUUUGUUCACCUUGGAGAAAGAAGACACAACAGUACGUUUAAGGUGUCCGAACAAAAACUGUGACAACAUAUUAUCUACAAUGAAUGAAACGGAGAAGAAAUGUUCGCAAUGUAAUGAUGUAGUGAAAGUUGAAGGUAUCAAAAAAAAAUUGAAGGAUUGCUUGGACCAAUAUCACCUAGCCCUAGAAAAAAUGCACGAGAUGCAGCCAGACGACAGUAUACAAAUAUUGACAAGAGCUCUCGACACUUUUCAUGAGAUAGCAGCACCACCCCAUAAAGAAACUCAUCUAGCGGAGGAAACCUUAAGAGCAUGCUAUGCGGAUCGGGGAAAUACUUUCCAAGUUCCCUCCAAGAAAUGAGAAUGUUGUAUUGGAAAAACGGAAAUAAAAGCUCAAUCUAGA